AUGGCCGCCGGACUCCCAUCAAACCCCUUAAAGAAGAUCCAGCUGGUGCGUCCAGCACAUGUCUGGUACAAGCACAAGGAUAUUGAAGCCGCCAAACGAUUUGCUGCCGACUUUGGCUUCUACGAGACCGAGACGAUCGGAAAGACAACCUUCUUCAGAGGAUAUGGAGCAGAGCCUUUUGUGUUAGCCCUCGAGGCUUCUGACAAGCCGGAAUUUGGGGGAGCAGCAUUUGUUGUCGAGUCUGAGGAGGAUCUCGUCUACGCCCAGCAGUCGCUUCCAAAAGAGUGCCGAGCGACCGAAGUACAUGAGCUCAAGGAUGUGCCGGGUGGUGGCAAGAGAGUGACCUUCUAUGACCCGGUGGAUGGGUUCCCAUUCCACUUGGUUCACGGGCAGACUGAGGUUGAAAGGAGAGACCCUGGCUUCCCGGUGCUCAAGUUCAACUACCCGAACGAGAAGAACCGCGAGCCAAACAAGUUCCAGCGCUUCGAGAAGCGGCCGGCGCCCGUACACAAGCUUGGACAUUUUGGCAUGUGCGUGACGAACUUUGCCAAGUGCUACGAGUUUUAUUCGACCUAUUUCAACUUUCAUCCCAGCGAGCUCGUCCACAACGAUGAAGGCGUGGAUGUGACUGUCUUCUUUCGCCUAGACCGUGGCAAGGAGUUUGUUGACCACCACUGCUUCUUCUUCUUCGAAGGCCCCAAGAUGCACGUUCACCACUCUUCCUUUGAGACACACGACUUCGAUGCUCAGGUACUGGGUCACGACUGGCUACGUCAUCAAGGAUACACCAACUGCUGGGGUGUUGGGAGACACGUCAUGGGCAGCCAGAUCUUUGACUACUGGUUUGAUCCGUCCAACUUCAUCUUGGAGCACUAUGUGGACGGUGAUUUGCUGGACAUGAACGAGCCAACGCACCACAACAAGGCCGCGCCCGACAACUUGCAUGUCUGGGGUCCCGAGGUGCCACCCACCUUUUUGCAAUAA